AUGCACUUCUCUAAGUCCCUUGCCACCGCGGCCACCUUGGCCAUGACCGUUUAUGCCGGUUUCCCCGUUGCCAGGGUCAGUCUUCUGUCCUGGGAGGGAUGCAGCGUUGGCCAUCCUACACUCGGCGAGCCCAAGUACACUGUUGAAGCAAGCGUCAAUCCUGUGACUUGCGACAGGGCCCCCGUCAACCGUGACUGGACCAUUGACAACUUUUCUCUCAAUGUCCACAUGGCCACCAAGGAUACUGCCUUCUGCUACGGCCUGACCGUCUGGAACAAUGAGAACUGCUCUGGCAGGCCUGUGCACUUCCAGCCUUUCCAGUACAGCUACAACCCCUUGAUUGAGGGCCAGUGUCUCCCUGACAUCCUCAGCCCUGGUUUUGUCUCCUUCAAGCUGGCUUGCGAGGGGUUCCCCUAG